UAUAAAUUAAUAACAAUGAUAAAAUUUUUGAAGCGCGGUUUCGUGCCUAGAACAACAUUCAAUACAAUAGAAAAAUGUUUAAUACAAGAGGGCGGGUUGUUGAAAAGUGGCAUUCGUUGUGUAGUCACACAAAUUUCGAAGUCUGAAUGUUUGUUUCCAGAGCGCGAGGAUUUCCCUAGCAGACACAUUGGGCCUAGAGAUCAUGACAUCGUUACUAUGCUGGACCUUCUGGGCUACAAGAGCCUGGAUCAGUUGACGAAUGACGCGGUGCCUAAGAAAAUCCAAUUUCAAAGCCUCAUGAAUAUUACUGAACCAAUGAGCGAAUACGAUUUAAUCGAAAGAGUGAGGGAAAUUGCUGAAAAGAAUCAGAUAUGGCGAUCUUACAUUGGAAUGGGCUACCAUAACUGUUGUGUUCCUCAUACUAUUAUGAGGAAUCUAUUCGAGAAUCCUGGAUGGACCACGCAGUAUACUCCGUACCAACCAGAAGUAGCUCAAGGGAGAUUGGAAAGUUUGCUGAAUUACCAAACGAUGGUCAGUGAUCUUACUGGGUUGGAUGUCGCUAACGCAUCUUUGCUUGAUGAGGGUACUGCAGCUGCCGAGGCCCUUUCUCUAUGCCACAGGCACAACAAGAGAACCAAAUUCGUUGUAUCUGAACGUGUGCAUCCACAAACACUAGCCGUGGUCCAGACACGUUUGGAUGCUCUCGGUCUAGAAGUCAUGGUGGUGCCUGAUGUUCGACAAGUGGAUUUCGCACAGAGAGACAUUUCUGCUGUACUUCUUCAAUGCCCUGAUACUCGGGGUUUAGUUUAUGAUUACUCAGGCUUAGCAGCUGCCGCUCAAGAACAUGGCACAUUGGUGGUAGUAGCAACUGAUCUACUGGCGAUGGCCCUAUUGCGACCACCAGCAGAAUGUGGUGCUGCCCUGGCAGUUGGCACAUCUCAACGUUUGGGCGUACCAUUGGGUUACGGUGGCCCUCACGCAGGAUUCUUUGCUGCUGAGCAUCCUUUAGUGCGACUAAUGCCUGGACGUAUGGUUGGUGUUACUAGGGAUGCUACGGGUAGAGAUGCUUACAGACUGGCUUUGCAAACGAGAGAGCAACAUAUUCGUCGCGACAAAGCCACGUCAAACAUUUGUACAGCCCAGGCGCUACUUGCAAACAUGUCUGCUAUGUUUGCAGUAUAUCACGGUCCACAAAGCUUGAGAGAUAUUGCAACUAGAGUCCAUAAUGCUACUUUGGUCUUGGAUCACGGAAUAAGACAACGUGGCCACAAGCAAUCAAAUGAAGUUUUCUUUGACACUCUUCACAUUAUUCCUGUAGCUGAACAUGAUGAAAGCGCUAUUAAAGCAAGAGCACAAGAAAAGAAAAUUAAUUUAAGACAUUUUGAAGACGGCGCCAUUGGAGUGGCUUUAGACGAGACUACAAAAAUGGAGGAUGUUGAUGAUUUAUUGUGGGUUUUUGACUGUCAGGAUGUAAAGAAGGUGAUGGCAAGCAGUGAAGUAAGGUCGAAAAGUAUAAUGAAAGGUCCAUUUAGAAGAACUUCGCCAUAUUUGACUCAUCCGGUAUUCAACAUGCAUCACUCCGAAACGAGAAUUGUACGAUAUAUGAAGCGGUUGGAGAAUAAAGACGUAUCUUUAGUACACUCGAUGAUUCCAUUGGGCUCCUGUACGAUGAAGCUCAACUCAACAACAGAGAUGAUGCCGUGUUCAUUUAAACAUUUCACUGACAUUCAUCCAUUUGCUCCAUUGGACCAGUGUCAAGGAUACCAUAUCCUAUUUGAAGAACUGGCCAACGACCUUUGCGCAAUUACUGGUUACGAUCGUGUGUCCUUCCAACCCAACAGUGGUGCUCAAGGCGAAUAUGCAGGAUUAAGAACAAUUAAACGCUAUCAUGAACACCGUGGAGAAUUCAGUCGUAAUAUUUGCUUGAUCCCUGUUAGUGCCCACGGCACGAACCCUGCAUCCGCACAUAUGGCCGGAAUGAGAGUCUGUGCCAUUCGUGUUACCCCAUCUGGUGAUAUUGACAUGGAACAUCUUAAGGACAUGGUAGAAGAACAUAGUAAGAAUGUGUCAUGUAUUAUGCUAACGUAUCCAAGCACUUUUGGUGUAUUUGAGGAGCGAGUUGCAGACGUGUGUGAUUUAGUUCAUGCCCAUGGUGGACAGGUUUAUCUAGAUGGCGCUAAUAUGAAUGCUCAGGUAGGAUUGUGUCGUCCUGGUGAUUAUGGCAGCGAUGUGUCGCAUCUUAAUUUACACAAAACAUUUUGCAUUCCCCACGGAGGUGGAGGUCCUGGAAUGGGCCCCAUUGGUGUAAAAGCACAUCUUGCACCAUUCCUGCCUUCUCAUCCUGUGGUGGAUCCAUUAGCUGAUUUAGGUGAAGAAGCUCAUAGUUUUGGUUCAGUAAGUGCUGCACCGUUUGGAUCUUCAGCUAUUUUGCCGAUUUCAUGGGCCUAUAUCAAGAUGAUGGGUCCAAAAGGCUUAAAACGCGCAACGCAAGUGGCUAUUCUUAACGCAAACUACAUGGCAAAAAGAUUGGAAGGACAUUACAAAACACUGUACAAGGGUGAAAGAGGAUUAGCCGCCCACGAAUUUAUUAUUGAUAUCAGAGAUCUUAAAAAAACUGCUAACAUUGAACCUGGUGAUAUUGCUAAACGUCUGAUGGAUUUUGGUUUCCACGCACCAACUAUGUCAUGGCCUGUCGCUGGAACGUUGAUGAUAGAACCGACCGAAUCAGAAGACUUACAAGAAUUAGACCGAUUCUGCGAGGCCCUCAUUACAAUCAGGAAAGAAAUUAAGGACAUAGAAGACGGCAGCAUAGAUAAAAGAAUGAAUCCACUGAAGAUGGCACCACACACUCAACUAGAAGUAAUUUCGGAAGAGUGGAAUCGACCUUAUAGCCGGGAACAGGCUGCUUUUCCUGCACCGUUCGUGAAAGGAGAGACUAAAAUAUGGCCAACUGUUGGACGUAUCGAUGACAUGUAUGGUGACAAACACCUUGUUUGUACUUGUCCUCCAGUGCUGGAUGAUUUUUAAGCUGCAAAUUAGAAGAACUGCGUUAAGUUUAUGAAGUUAAUGAUGGCGAAUGUAAAUAAAACACAAAAAUCUUAGCGAUCGCAUAAUGUAUGUAUAUUUUGUCAAUAUUGUCGUAUAAUAAAUAUCGUCUUC